AUGGCUGAUUCGCAGCACUUGUACGGCAAGACCUGCUUUUCACAGAACCUUACUAGACAGCCCGUUGGUGUUGGCCAAGUCAAGUCCUUUACUCACUUAUUCAGUAAGUUUCUUUUCUUUGCUCUCUUUCUUGUUGCUAUUCCAUUAUUCCCUUCCCAAGCUCCUGACUUUAUCAACCAAACUGUACUCACCAAGUUUUGGGACCUUUUUCACCUUCUCUUUAUUGGCCUUGCUGUGUCCUAUGGCUUGUUUUGUCGCCGGAAUGUUGCUAUGGACACUGAAACUCAUUCUAGCUAUGAUGAUCCACAGUCAUUUGUGUCUAAUGUUCUUCAAGUUUCAUCUAUUUUUGGAGAUGACUCUGAUAAUUCAUUUGGGUAUUCUGAGAACUACAAAGGGAAUUUUUCUGUGAAGAGUGAACAAACCAAUACCGGAUCUUUAAAUACUGCGAAUAAUGUUACUCAAGCAUGGAGUUCUCAAUACUUUAGGGGUGAAUCCAUGGUUGUAAUAGAUCAACCGAGUCAGGCUUUUAAUGAACAUGCUUAUAAACCGUUGGGUUUACCAGUUAGGAGUCUCAGAUCAAGAUUAAGUAACCAAGGUAGUCCUGAGAUUUGCAAUAGAAGUGAAUCUAGUCCAGCCUCGACGGAUUCAUCACAUAAUCUUUCUUCUAGUCACGUGGUUAGGAAUGAAAACUUUGGUCACUUGGGUCCUUUGAACUUGGAGAAUAAGUUCAAUGAAGCUGUUGGUUUAUCUUCAUCAAUUCCAUGGCGUUCCAGAUCUGGGAGAAUGGAAACCAGAAAAGAUGCAGAUAUUGCUACUCAUGCUUCACACUUUAGGCCUCUCUCUGUUGAUGAAGCUCAGUUCGAAUCCCUGAAAUCACAGUCCUUUUGGUACAGUGAUUCUUACUCUUCCCAACCCUGUUCAAUGUCCAAUUCGCCUAGCAGGCUCUCUUCCUCAGGCACUCUUUCUUCAGAGUUGGAAAAGUUGAAAAUGGAUGAGACAUUGAAAGAGAAGAGUUUCCGAAACUCUUAUCCUCCAACUUCUAUCCCUGCGAAUGGUAAGACUUCAUUGAAUGCAUUACGUAUUCGGAGAUAUACUGACGGUUCUUUGUUUGAGAAGAAUGCAGGAAAAAGCUUCGAAGAUAAUUUGAAGGAUAGAAAUGGAGGCGAAAGAGAGUAUCCAUUAGGCCUUAAAGAUGAUUUGAAGGACAUGAGUGGAAGCAAAAUAAAUGAUUCAUUAGGCCUUAAAGAUGAUCUCAAGGAUAGGAGUGGAAGCAAAAGAGAGGAUCCAUUAGGCCUCCUUAAAGAUGAUUUUAAAGAUAAGAAUGGAAGCAAAAGAGAGUAUCCAUUAGGUCGUAAUGAGUGGAGAUCAAGUUUGAAAUUGGACGAAAAUCCUCGAAACCCUGUUAAAGCUUCAUCAAGAGGAAAAUCUGUUAGGACUAUCAGGACUCAUCGAUUUACAGAAAAGGCGACAAGUGUUGCAGGAAAUGUCGAAAAGAAGGGAGUUCUUAAGGGAAAAAAUGAGAUGAAAAGUGAAGGUUUUGAUAAUCAAUCCACCAGUGCUAGAAAGCAGGAUCUUGAUAAUCACUAUCCCAUGCAAAAACCAACAUUCUCAGAGUUUGCAGUGGAGUCUAAAGAAGAAUCAGCGAGUGAGGUUGAAAAUUCUCAAUUGAACUCAAAUCAAGAGGCUGUGACCAAGUGUGUAAAUGAUGCUGCUGACUCUGACUCCAAUGAGGUUGAUAAGAAGGCUGGUGAGUUUAUAGCUAGAUUUAGAGAGCAGAUUAGGCUUCAGAAAAUGGCAUCAAUGGACAGAUCCAAAGGGCUUAACUAUUUUACGUGA